CUUUGUGGGGCUUGGGGAAACCGCCCCCCUGGGGUGUGAGAGUCGGUGAGCGGAGCUCCACGUGUAUUUUCCUCUGCCGGAGUUGUCCAUCGCACAGGUGUUGGCAUCAGCCGUCAUACAUGACAGAACAGCCACGAGGCUCAACCGUUAACUGUUAAGUCUCCAGCUCCACUCCGGGCAUCUCCUUCAAUUGUUGGCAUAUGGAGAUCGUGUGGAAUAUACGUCCGAGGACUGUGCCGUUUUUUCUGCUGAAGAGGCCUGCUGUGAAAGGCCGUGUUGCUCUGUCAUCGGUGGAACGUGUUUCGUAAGAGACACAUUUUGAAGCAGUGAAGCGUCCAGACGGCGGAACACGGAGACGAGGCGCUCGCUCCCUUCUCGCGCCGCGCAUGUGUUCAUCCGUGAUGAGGCAACGUGCAUCGGCUCCUCUUUGACACCCCACAGUUAAUCUUCAUCUGUGCAACAUCUCAGAUGCACUGACAGGCCAGGGCUGCUCCGUUCACACGGUGCGUGCGCGUGCGUGCGUGCGUGCGUAAGUGCGUGUGUGUGCGUGUAUUAUUCGCACCGCUCCCGUAUUUUCCUUCUCAAGAUCGGGGAAGGCUCCGUUGAUGUGGAGGAUCCACAGGCGAACACCUCGGUGAGCCUCAUCCGUGACACAACUGUGAGAGAACAACGUGCCGCGCGCGGAAUUAUGUGCGACGGCGCAGGCGGGGAGUGAGCGCGAGGCAGGGCAGGGGAGGCGAAGACGGACGCCACCACCAUGCCUUCUUCUUCACACCGUGCGUUCCGCGGGAGCGCAGCGAUGGAGAGGUCUGCUUCCUCCGUGAAGAUCAUCAUGCUGGCUUUCCUGAUCGCCAGUUUUCCGAGCUCACUGCAAACUGAAAAUGAUGAUGAAGAAGAUUUAGUUUCCAACAAAACAUGGGUACUGACCCCCAAAGUGUACGAAAGUGAUGUGACUCACAUUCUAAAUGGCCUGCUGCAGGGAUAUGACAAUAAACUCCGGCCAGACAUAGGAGUAAAACCAACUGUAAUCCACACUGACAUGUUUGUAAACAGCAUUGGCCCAGUAAAUGCUAUUAAUAUGGAGUACACAAUUGACAUAUUCUUUGCUCAGACGUGGUACGACCGGCGAUUGAAAUUCAACAGUACCAUGAAAGUGCUACGACUCAACAGCAACAUGGUGGGAAAGAUCUGGAUCCCAGACACUUUUUUCCGUAAUUCUAAGAAGGCCGAUGCCCACUGGAUCACCACGCCCAAUCGCAUGCUAAGAAUCUGGAAUGAUGGAAGGAUACUCUACACGCUUCGAUUGACCAUCGAUGCGGAGUGCCAGCUUAAACUGAACAACUUUCCAAUGGAUGAACAUUCCUGUCCCCUGGAGUUUUCAAGCUAUGGGUAUCCCAAGGAGGAGAUUGUGUACAAGUGGAAGAGGAGCUCUGUCGAGGUGGGAGAUACACGCUCGUGGAGGCUCUACCAGUUCUCCUUUGUGGGCCUUAGGAACACCACUGAGGUUGUGAAGACUGUUUCAGGGGACUAUGUGGUGUUGACUGUCUUCUUUGACCUGAGCAGAAGAAUGGGCUACUUCACCAUUCAGACAUACAUUCCCUGCACCCUCAUUGUCGUCCUAUCCUGGGUAUCUUUCUGGAUCAACAAGGAUGCAGUACCAGCCAGAACAUCCUUAGGCAUCACCACCGUACUGACCAUGACCACCCUCAGCACCAUAGCCAGGAAGUCCCUCCCCAAGGUGUCCUACGUGACAGCCAUGGACCUCUUUGUGUCCGUUUGCUUCAUCUUCGUCUUUGCGGCUCUGAUCGAGUACGGGACGCUGCACUACUUCGUCAGCAACAGGAAACCCAGCAAAAACAAGGACAAGAAGAAGAGGAACCCCCUUCUUCGGCUGUUUUCAUCUAAGCAGGCCCCCACGGUGGACAUCCGGCCCCGCUCAGCCACAGCCAUCCAGAUGAACAACGCGACACACAUGCAAGAGCGGGACGAAGAGUAUGGUUACGAGUGCUUGGAUGGCAAAGACUGCACCAGUUUCUUCUGUUGCUUCGAGGACUGCCGCUCGGGGGCUUGGCGGCACGGACGCUUGCACAUCCGCAUCUCCAAGAUAGACUCCUACGCCCGUAUCUUCUUCCCUACUGCCUUCGGCCUCUUCAACCUGGUAUACUGGGUCUCCUAUCUUUACCUGUAGACCUGACAUGUAGCCUGGCCUUACUGUACA